CUAUCACAGCAACAAAGGCAGAUUGUGCUCUGCCCCCUGAAAAUGUUGGUCUCGACUAAUGAACUAGAUAGAGGUGCAGAUGAAGAAGAAGACGAGAUUGAUAGCAAACCUAAUAAGGUUUUUCUGUCAGACCAGCUUCGAUACCCUCGCUGUGGAGUUUGCCUCGCUCGAGACUCCUCCGGCAUUGCAGUGAGUCCAUUGGAAUCUUCCGGUUACGAUUCGUCCCCUGGACCGGUGAGCAGCAUAUCACCUGCUCUUCUCUUCUGCUGUUUCAAACUUGUAGUGCUUCUUAGUGUGCGCUGCAAAUUGCUGCCCCAUACGAAGCACAUCAGAGCAUGCAGGUAUAGGACAUCAGUGGAACUCAACAUAACUGAGUUUUCACUUGCACUUGAUGGUCUAAUGUUGGACUCCAAAUUUUGCAAGAUCUUGGACCUGAAAAGAACAUUGCAAGCAAGACCAACCACAUUGAAACACCUAACCUUUCUCUAGGUAGUUGAAAUAUGUUUUAAGGCAUAGGGGAGAUGACCUUCUUCAUGAACUUAAUUGAAUGCACCCCUAACUUACAGAGACUCAAUAUGAGAGUUAAGUGCCACGACAAAAUAAUGUUUUCCACUUUUGUUUUUGGAUAUUUGUCUCACUAUAGCAACCUCUUAAUAUUGUGUUUUACCGUUUAGGCUUGCAUAAACAUGUACUUCGACU